ACCGUCCACGCUGCUCUCCUUCCCAAAACUUCCUCUCCUCUCCUCUUCUGCGUCUCUGCCUCUUCCUCUCACUCCCACUCUCUGUUCUUUCAAAACGAUGCAGGUUUGCUGGAGGCGCUCUGGCCAGCGACUUCUUGAUCACUAUCCAGCUCUCUCUCCUUUCAAAUCCAUCUAUCCCCUUUCAUCCGAUGGGUACGGGAUCGAUCACCCGCGGUAUGUCUCCACCAUUUCCAUUAAGGGAGCAGGGCAUGUCGUCCGCAAGGGCACAGGUGGUAGAUCGUCUGUGAGUGGAAUUAUUGCAACUGUGUUCGGAGCUACUGGGUUUCUUGGUCGUUAUGUUGUUCAACAGCUUGCUAAAAUGGGUUCACAAGUCCUAGUUCCUUUUCGAGGCUCUGAGGAUUCUCACCGGCACCUCAAGUUGAUGGGUGAUUUGGGUCAGAUUGUUCCAAUGAAGUAUAAUCCAAGAGAUGAAAAUUCAAUCAAAGCUGUGAUGGCUAAGGCAAAUGUGGUUUUGAAUCUUAUUGGAAGGGAGUAUGAGACAAGAAACUACAGCUUUGAAGAAGUUAACCAUGCCAUGGCUGAGCAACUUGCAGUGAUUGCUAAAGAACACGGUGGCAUCAUGAGAUUUAUACAAGUUUCUUGCUUAGGAGCAUCUUCAUCAUCUCCUUCCAGAAUGUUGAGGGCAAAAGCUGCUGCAGAGGAAUCUGUAUUGAGAGUGUUUCCUGAGGCCACAAUCAUGAAACCUGGAAUCAUGAUUGGUACUGAAGACCGGAUAUUGAACAGAUGGGCACAAUUUGCAAAGAAAUGGAGCUUUCUUCCGCUCAUUGGUGAUGGAUCUACAAAGAUUCAGCCAGUUUAUGUUGUCGAUGUAGCUGCAGCCAUCAUAGCUUCCUUGAAGGAUGACGGUUCCAGUAUGGGGAAGAUCUAUGAGCUUGGUGGACCGGAGCUGUUUACCGUACAUCAACUGGCUGAACUGAUGUAUGAUAUGAUUCGUGAAUGGCCACGGUAUGUGAAGAUUCCUUUUCCCAUUGCAAAGGCACUUGCAUCUCCUCGGGAAUUCCUGUUAAAGAAAGUUCCUUUUCCUCUGCCAAAUCCAGAUAUAUUCAAUCUUGAUCAGAUCAAUGCACUUACUGUGGAUACACUGGUGUCUGAGAAUGCUCUAACAUUUAGCGAUCUUGGCAUCGUGCCACAUAAAUUGAAAGGCUACCCUGUGGAGUACCUUAUCUGUUAUCGUAAGGGUGGACCUGCUUAUGGCUCUACAGUCAGUGAGAGGGUAACAGGAUCCGAGUUUUAGGCCUUGGUUGGAGGACUCUUCCAGAUCUUUUAAUCACACUUGUGUUAUUAGCUCAUUUUCUUGCCCUUGGCCGUUGCCAGAAUGUUCUAUCCGGCAGGAAACCCCCAAAUCAAGCAGAGGCAGCCUCUUUCAUAUCAUCUUCCUUGGGUAACGCCGUUGGUUGAUUAAUAAAAUGGUGAUGAUGGAUGGAUUAAUUAUCAUCAGCUUUCAAUUUUAUUUCUAAAAAUGAUUGAGAUUUGCAUCAUGAAAGCCCUGCAAGAAUUUACUUGUGAUUCUUUUUUUAAAAAAAUGUUGCCUUUCACAAACUUGUAAUGCCAGUGCUCAAGGCCAUUUUAAGGCUUUUAUCACACAUCUUUUUUGUCCAGGUAGGUAAUUUAAGGUUCCUGGAACAAGCA